UCCCGUGUAGUUACUGGGACAUAACACAGUACAUCUGACAGUGGAUGCUUCAUUUGUGCUUUGGAGUAUAAAUUUAAUUCAAACAGUUAUCUUAUAGACAUCAAGAAAUUGAUUGGAAGCUGACUGUGACCUGUGAUGUCAUUGGUGACCUGAUUUUACCUUCUUACGAGUAAUGAUAUGCUGCAUCUAUCAGCCGUGGCUUGAUGACACUAGGAGGUAUAGCAUACAUCAGUUGACUGUGGACUAACUGCCGUAACACACGUCUGGAUUAUCAGUGUGUAGUAACAGGUUGUCUCUCACAAGGGAUGUAUCACACUGUGCCACUUGGUUGUUGACUGACUGUGAUACAAGCACACUAUGGCUUCCCAUCCAGAGAGCAGACUGCCACAACCUGGACGCGAGAAGAGGCGUUCAUUUCUACCUGCACCAUCGAGAAGUUUCAACCUACCCACUGUUAACACUAUAUCUCGGGAAGCCUCCCCGUCAAGAGUUGAAAAAUAUCGCGAAGCCUCCCCUUCAAGAGACGAGAAAAAUGUAAUAGUCACACAAAGAAUUUGUGUUGGGGACAGAGUUUGUAUUGGGGGUAUUAAACAUGGAACACUCAAAUACUUAGGUGAAGUGCAUUUAGCACCUGGGAUUUGGUGCGGAAUAGAACUUGACGACCCUGAUGGAAAGCAUGAUGGUGAGGUUGAAGGUCGACGCUACUUUUAUUGUCAUAGGGGUCAUGGUGUCUUUGCCCCUUUUGAUAAAGUUGAGCUCGUUGAACCCGUAGAGGUUCAGAUCAAACCUGCUGAAGUAUCAGAAAAUGUUUUGAAAAGACGAUCACUGCCACGCCCGUUGACUGCCUUGCCAAAAUCAGCAUUACCGUCAGCCAGACCCCUUUCGGUCGGAUCUUUACCAGACGUACGAAAACAGGUAGAAACUGUAAAGGAUGAUAUUGACGAGGAUCCUUUUGAGGCUUCAGCAGCAAAGGUUAAAGGCAGUGUGAUUCAACAAAAGUCUCAGAUUGCAAAGAUAUCAGGUAUUCCACGAGUGGGCUUUGUCUCUGGUUUGCCAUCCACUCAGCUGAAGCAACAAGAUAGUGGAUCAUCACCUGAAUUAAGAUAUAGCAAAGAUGGCCCACAGAAAGAUAUAAAAAGUAUUUUCUCCAGUUACCAAAGUAAGAGUGUAGAGGAUAGUGGUAGUGAGAGAUUAGGGUCAUCUGGUGAUGUAACACAGGGUAUAAAGAGCACGUCUGCUCCAACAGAUCAGGUGGUUGCUAAACCACCAAAACCAUCACGUCUGCCUGGAGCGUCGCGUCUGCCAACAAAAUUCUCCAAACUGGAAAGACCCUCUCCAACAGAGCCAAAGCCAGUCCCACUUGAAGUGUCUAAUCAGCAAGAAUUGCCAUCAAAGCAGUUAUCUAAGACAGCUGAUAGCUUGUCCAGUGUAAACAAAACUUUUGAUAUUAGUACGAAGGAGAACAUUCAGGAAGUGGUUGCUGAAACGCAGCCAGCCAGUGGGCAGACAACUGCUGAAGAAGCAGCAGAUUUAACACGGCAGCUCCGUUCAGAUAGUCGGCAGUUCUUCAACAUCACUUUUGAUGCUGAAAAUAACAGCAGCCUUUCUCCACCUAGUUUGCCAGAUGUUGUGUCUUCAGCUUCUAUGUCUCCUGACUCCGUAGACGGGAGUCAGAGUGAGGUAGACAAAGACUCCACAAAUAAGGCAAACACAGACGACGCCAGUCUCGAUCUCCUCGAUGAUGAGGCUAUGUGGGAUAAUACUGAUCUUCUAGACGGACUAGACAGAGAAACAAAUAUGGCUGAUGACAGAAUGACAGCAGACACGUCUGACAGUUCUGUUAUGAAUGACACUGCAUGUAUUGUUGCCUCUACACCUUUGCCUGUUGGGAAACGGAAGUUUUGUCUUGAAGAUCAAGAUGAUGAGGAUCUUGUGAAUAAGACAAAUAUUUCUGGCAUAAAGGAUUUGUUUCCUAAACUGGAGGAGGGAAAUGUCAACACAAAUGCUACAUUCAAUUUUGACAGUUCUGAUCACAGCGCUGAUGUCACAUUGGAGGAGAGGAGCUCUUUCACAGAAGGAAGGUCUGGUGGAUCUUCAGGAACGUCUCAGUUGGGGAAGUGUGAUCUAAUCGAUACUGUGGAAUCUUCUAAGAGUUCUGGUUCAGCUCGACAAGAUGCUGGUGAACACACCUUUCUUGUUGAGAAAGGGAUCACUGAUAUCUCAAUGCCUCUAACUGAAAUGGAUGAAGUGAGGGAGAUCGAGAAAACGGGAGUUGAGGAUAUUCUGGAAGGGAUGAGUAAAAGUGUGGUGAUGGAUUUAGAAAAGGCUCUUGAUGGCAAUGAUAAGUCUAUGACAGAUUCAGGAAUCAUGGAUCCGAUUAUGUUGAAUCGGAGAUCUUUAACAGAGUCUGGUGUUAUGAUUAUGAGCCAGCAAGAAAACAGGAGGUCUAUGACAGAUAGUGGAAUUCUGGAACUGAUGCAGAAAGAUAAAAAGCCGAUGAUCGAUUCUGGAAUAUCAGAUGGUUCCAUGACUAAGAGUCAGCAGCUUGACCUUGAGGAUUCUGUGCGUCUGGAGGCUGACCUUCGGGCUGGUCACAUGAAGAAGGAGAGACCAGUGUCUCUGAUCUCGACCACCAGUGCAGAUACAGGUUAUGUACCAGACACAGACUCAGAAGCGGGAACCUUGACAACCAAUUCCCCCUUAGACUGGAUGGAGAAGCAUGUCGGCAUUGGAACCACAUUGUCAUCAGUAGAAGAACAGGACGAUUCCUACAGGGAGUCCUUCACUGAAGGUCAAGAUCCCAGAAAGGUUUCGGUUGUGGUGAAGGAUUCCGAGGGCGACUCCGACAACUACAGUGACAUCGGUGCAGGUCGCAGCGACACCGACAUGGGACGGAAGGAGAUCGAAAUGGAUGAUGCCAGCCUACCAGUUCAGGACGGUGAAGUCAGUGGUGUGUCUCUGAUUGCUUCAGACUCCAGCAGUUUACAAGGGUCUACAGCACAGGCUGUGUCGCCAUCAAGUCUUGACUCAUCAUUGAUGGAAGACGAUCGAGCAGAAGCUGACCAGAUCCAUUCGGUCAAGGGAGGUAAUCAGGAUUCAUCACCUGAAAACACUUUGAAAGACCUGUCGGACACAUCUCCAGAUGCUGGGAUGAUGCCCAUUGAGGAAUCUGUGAUAUUAGGGGAGAUAACUGCAUCUAGUCAAGGGGAGAUUAGUCUGAAAGAGUCGGCAGAAACAGCCCAUGAAAGUGCUAGUCAGGAGGUUUUGGCAGGUUCUGCUGGUCCCAGUGUAAAUAUUGAUGAUUCUAUUCAGGAAUGUUCGGGUGAAGACAAAAGUGCAAUAGAUUUGGAUAAAUCUGGUCAAGAAGAAGCUAGUGCUUUGAAAACUCCAUCCAAGGGCAAAAGUGCAACCCCAGCAUCAAAAAAGAAAAGUGCUGAGAAAGUGAUUGAACAUAAGAAACCUAAUCUCAAUGUGCGAUCGUCAUUAGCAGAUUAUAUCCGAGCUCCGGUUCCAACAAAACCCAAGGAAGAGAAAGGGGAAGAUUCAAAAUUGAAGAAAAAUGUGGUGAAUAAGAAACGUGCUGAUAACAAAAAGACAGACGUUGGGAAAUCGCCUGAAAGUGCUAAUGUCAAAACUGAUGAAAAUACUGCAGAAUCAAAGAGAAUUCGACCCAAAAUUGAAAAGGAACCCCCCAAACUAAUCAAAAGGACUCCUCCGAAAAGCAAAUGGGAUAAUAUCAUGUCACAACUUGACAGUAGUAAAGUGCCUAAACCCAAACCUAAGUCAGAAAUAAAGAGUAAACUGGAGACGUAUCUUGCAACCCCAGUACCAGUGGCACCAAAGAAGGAAAAGGAGCCAAAAAAAGAAAUUAAACCAAGAACAAAAGUAGUGUCAUCCCCGAAACCUGACUAUAGUAAAGUGAAGAGCAAGCUUAGCAUUUCUACUCCUCCUCCGCUAAAAAGGGAACAGUCGCCUGUGGCCAACAAAACCCAGAGAAUGAGGUCACCGCGACCCCUUCCCAGAUUGUCCAGUGGGAACAUUCAUCUGGAUUUAUCAGAGUCGUUUGACAACAGUGUGCACAGUUCAGCCCGGAGUAGUCGCACCGAUCUUAGUGUGGAUAUAAUUGAAAAUAUGCCGGAGUCUCCCAGAGAAUCAAAGGCAAGAACACCAAGGAAUUCUACCAAUCGAGUAUCCAGCAUUAAGACAGAUCGGCCACCCAGUGUUGCCAGCACGCUGUCUGACACCUCUCAGGGAUCUGUCAAGCAGAAGAAUGCUAAGAACAAGAAGAAUGACUCUGCGAAACCAGAAACUCCUCGUAUCAAGAAGUACAGUAAUGUCAAGAGCUCCAUACCCCCACCAGCACCCCGGAAACCAGCUCCGUCUAAAACACCUCAGAAAAAAACACCGGAAACAUCUCACAAAGAUGUUUCCAAAACAUCCCCUAAGAAAAGUCCGAAUCAAAAUCGCAAUCGUACAAUUCGUACACCCAGUAAGACCAGCAACCACCUUAAAGGCAGUCAUCAGCCAGAUAUCGUCUCUAAUUCAUUACGGUCCAAUUCGGAGAAGGAAAUCAGUCGUCUGGAAACGUUAUGCGAGUCUCGAACCAAGGAACUCAAUAUCAUCAAGAUGCAACUCAAAAACAGCACACAAGCUUUCGACGCUAUGUCCUGUCUUGUGAAGUACUUAACCCAGGAACUUGAUGCCUUCUCAUGUCCAUUCCUGGCUGAGGAACUGGGGAAAGCCAAGGAGCAACUGAAAGAGGCAGAGGGACAUAUUGCUGAGUUGGAAAACCACAAAUCAAGGCUUGAAGAGGAGAUCUCUGCUCUUACAACAAGCCAAGGUGAAUCAACAGAGGAAGUAAAUAGGCUGCAGCAGGAGAUUACCUCGCUGAAUGAAGCCCAUGAAAAGGCCUUAGCUCAACUUAAAGAGGAGCAUGAAACGACUAUUAAGGACAUGAAGGAGUCUACUCGGAAAUCAGAGACAGAAUACAGGGCAAAGGCCAUGGACCACCAUGAGCAUGUUAUCUCGUACAUGAAGGACUGCCAUGAUAGAAACGUGUCCGACAUCAACCUUGACCACCAGCGAGCUAUCGACUCCUUGAGGCUGUCUCACUUGGAGGACAUCGAGAAACUGAGGACCAAGCAUGACAACCAGAUGGAAGAGUUGCACAAGCAACACAGGGACAAGCUUGAGGAUAUCACACACCGCUUUGAGACCAUCAAGAUGACACUGGGGAAUAAAGAAAAGGUUGAGACACUGAGAGGCGAGUGUGAGGACCUGCGACUGAGAGCCAAGAUUAGUGAGGAGGCUCUGCUCCGAGACUCUGACGUCAAACUCCAGCUUGCCCUGCAGCCAUUCCGCAACCUGCCAGCAGAGAUCGAGAGUCUGAAGCUGGUGAUCGAGAUGCGAAACCAGGAAGUUCAGAAACUCCGAAAACAGAACAUGGAACUGGAGAAGCAGCUGGAGGAGCUCCCAAUUGCCAAGGAGAAGAUAGACUCCCUGCAGAAGAAAUCUGAGAACCUCGAGGCCAUCAUCAACAUCAAGACAGACCACGAAAAACAACUCCACGAGAAAUGCCAGAACUUGAUGAGGAGGUGCGACAAGGAGAGCAAGGCCAACAAACGGCUGUCCAUGGACUAUGAACAACUCAUGUGGAAGGUCGACCAGCAAGACUUCGGCUCCACUGAGAGCUUGUACCGUCGCCAACUGAGUAGGUCACCACCUCGCAGCGAGUGUAGCUCGCCUGAUCCAAUAAGGAAAGGCUUGUCACCGAUCACUAGCGAGAAUGACUCGCCAUGCCGACGAUCACACAAAUCUGCAUCUUCCACAGGAGACGAUUCCUUUGAGCGCAAAUUGAAACGCCGGUCAGCCACAUAUCUGUUGGAAAAAGAGAAAUCUUCCCCAUCGGCUAGCCCACAAGCUAAGCGUCUUUCUCCAAGUAGUUUUGAAAAUUCGCCCCCGAGAGUUAUGACUCAGUCUGCCCCUGACGAACUUUCAUAUACUGUCUCCCCGGCGACAAGUUCGCCACCAGACUCUAGUUCCUAUUCUGUCUCACAGUCAAUGUCUCAUUCUAUGACUCAGUCGAUGACACAGUCUAUGACACAGUCUAUGACCGAUUCAGACAUUUUUGGCGAUUUUGAAUCUUCCGGAAUAGUUACAAAUGGACAUGAAAUCUCAGUGUCAGUCGUGUUGCCACCAGAGCCAGAAGUUGAAUCAGAAGUUUUCACUGUGAUUGAAGAGAAAGAGAAGAAAGUGAUAAAGGAUGAGGUUGAGACGAAUGUGUGAGCAGGGGGAGAUAACUCCAUUCAUUGAGGGAUGCUUCAGUGAAUGAAUGAAAUCCUGGAAUAUAAGUCUUUCAACUGUUGAUAUUUCUCAGUCUUGUGUCAAUGUUGUGAUUAUGAAUUAUGACAACCACUUUUUAAGACCACUUUGCCUGAAAACUAUCUAAUCAUGUAAAGGCAGUGAAAGGGAGGUAACUUCAAGACAUCACUUGAAUGUGGAAUUUGAAAAGAUUUAAAAAUGGCUUCUGAAUGUUGGAGGUAUUAGAAAUAAAGAUGUUUGUUUGAUAUAUCCUGUGUGCUAAGCAUUUGAAAAUAUCCAGUCAUGGCCCUAGGAUUGAGAGGUUGUCAUUUAAAUUCGAAUGGAAUAUGUCAGUAUGUCUCUAGAGUGUUGAAGUACAGAGUUAAUGUCAUUCCAUCUAUUUGAAUAUUUAAAUUACUACUUAUUGUAUAAUAACUAUAUGACUAUUGUACUGUAUGUACGUGAUUUGUGCAAUAUUUGAUGUAGUGAUAGCAGCUUUUGUGGUUCAGAAUAGAAUGAUAAGCUUUGUAGAGCAAGAUAUAAAUGUUAAUCUGUAGAAAAUAAUUUGUAAAGUUUGUACUUACGACAGUUGUCCAUGUUGAUAUGGUUUUUCAGUCCUGUUGUCAAUUUGCCCAAGUCUUGGGCACAUGGCUGUUAAAACUCUGAAUAAGAGAAUGUCCUUUUCCAUAACACCUUGUCAGAAAAUCAGUGUACAAUUUGCAAAAUGAUUUUAGCCAUACUUCAAACUUUUAUUAUGAUUCUGAUGCAUUUGCCUUUGCCUUAAUAACAUUCACCUUUUCCAUGUUCUACUUAUUGAUUAAUUGUCAGUUAGCAUUGAAAGUUUACGGAGAGAUAAGUUUUGGGUAAACUCAAGGUUGGAUCGUGGGGGUGCAUUUGAAAUAAGGGGAUGAAGUAUUUCUUGGAUUCGAUUGGCUUAUUUUACCUUCUUGCAUUUAACUGCCGCUCUCAAGUCCUAUUUCCCAAUUUCUACCUCAUAUUUGAUGUAUUUAUGUGGCUUAUUGAUAAAAUUCUGUUGAAUAUCCUCACACUCAAGCUUUUGUCAAUAUGUUUCAGAGAAAUCAAUCAUGGUCAAUUCAUAAAAAUUAUUUGUCAUGGUUUUAUCAAAUUAAUUCAAACGUAUUGUCUGCUGAAUGUGAAACUCACUAGUCAGGGAAGUUUAAGAAUGACGUGGUCUAAGGGAGAUAACUCCAUAUGUGAAUGCAGAACAGAAAGGUAAAAUGAAGUGCAAAGUGAAUGUAUUAAGCAAUAGAUUGGAGAAAUAGAUUUGUAUUUAGCUCUGCUGUUGUAAUAUGUCCACAAAGUUCAGAUUCUUUAUAUUCAUAUCAUAAUAUUGAAGUGUUUUUCGUUGACAUAUCAAUUUCUUGUGUUUGUUAAGUAUGUAUAGAAUAGGCCUUUUACAUCAUUGUUAACACAGUCUGUCAGAUCUUAUAAUAUGAAUUCAUAACUUGUUCAUAUGCAAAUUUGUUGACACGUUCGUUUCAAAAUUGAUUUGUGUUUAAAAAAUUGUAUGCAAAAUUAAUUGGUUUUCAGUGUUAGUUGUACAUAGGUUAAUUACACUGCCACCCAAAUACAUAUUGCGGUUCAAGGUAACUACUUGAUGAAUUCAAAUGAUCAUAAUUUGCUAUAGUUCAUUUGCAAUUAAAUUGCAGUUUUCAUUCAUGGUGUAUUAGCACAGUGUACAAGUUGUGUAGUCACAUUUGAUUUGAUGUGUGUAUUUGCGUGUGUCACGAAGGUUACAUUCAGGUUGUUUGUUCGUUACACCAUUGUUUACAAAUAUUUAAGUGCUAAGACAAUUAAGUGUUGGUAUGUCCUGUUAUUUUCAUCUUCAAAACAAGUCAGUAGUUUGAGGAAAGAUUUACAGUGAAGAUUUGCUUGAAAUUCUACUUGUUUCAAAGACAGUGCGGACCAACAUCAUCCAUUAAGCCAGCCAAAUUUAUUUGCUAGGAUUUUUUUUAUUGUUUCUCUAUGUUAUGGUCAAUAUCCACCCAUUUAAGAGGAUUGAGGCAAGAUUUCAAAUAAGGGAACAAGUUUUAACAAAAAUAAAAGCAAAAAGAUGUAAAAAAAAUAAUCAGUUUCACCAUUUUAAUCGUUUUCAUAUAUCUAAGGAAAAUAAAGAGGACGUGUAAAAAUAUAUAUUUGUCUUGGCCUGACAGUUUGUCUCGGUCAUAAUCCUGGACAGCAAGCAAGCUGUAGAUCCUACAUUGUUUCCAAAAUUGUCUAUGACGAAUCAUUUAUUGUGAUAAUGAGACUUUCCUGUUGCAAAUCCCGUGGUUUUUUUAGAAUAUUGUGUGGCACAAAUUCUUUCAUGAAAUAGUGCAAACAUGUGGCAUAUAUAAUGGUUACAUCGACUGGUGUUAGAUGGCAUCUGUUGUAUGCAGUGGAAAUAAUCAAAAUUUUGUUUGUCGAUAUUUGUACAUUCUUUAAUAAUUUAUAAGUAAAUUCAUGUGGCAUUUUAUGACACGUUCAAUUUGAUGGAAAGUACUGAAGAGAGUGGUUUAUAACAGAUGAUUAUGGUUGUUAUUAAAUCAGUAUAACACCUGCCUGUAGAUAAAUGUGAGAAGUUAAGUGAAACAGCAAAUAUAUGGGAUAUAACAUGUAUAUAUUCCAUGGUUAAAGAGGCUGGUUAGAGAGGAAGUUAAUUAUAUCACAAUAAGCUCUCACUGUUUCUUGCCUCAAUAUUUUGUGAGGGCUACUUAUCUUUGAUGUAAAUGUAUAAUCCUCUUCUCUCUACUUCCAUUGUGUGUUUUACAGACACUUGCUGUAUUGAUGAGGAUUAAGAUUUCAGAUUUUCAAAUUUCUGAUUGUCAGUUCCUAAAAAUCUGAGCCAUUAGGUCUGUUGUAUAAACCACAUGUCUUCUGUAUAACUAACUGAUGAUUGGUCCAGAUUCUGCAGUGACCAUUGGUUGAGAAUUUGGACGGACCUGAUUGGUUGAAAGCAUUUUGAAUGUUUAGAUCUGCCUCAACUGAUUGGCAGAUGUUAGUCCUGCUGUGACCUGAUUGGUCAAAAUGUUAGUGAUGCACAAAUCUGGUUGUAAAUGUUAGCACUGUCACAAGCAUCAUCUUUGUCUGGUGUUGUGCAUGAUGAUAAGAGUAUGAAGAUGUAAUAAUAUGAUCUCUAGCCAGCAGGCAGCAUUCUGUCGAUUAAACAUUAUGACAUAAUA